UCUGUUCUUGGAAAUCUGGUAUAGGAUCAAUCCAAUAUAUAUAUAUAUCAAGAAGUUAGAAAAAUGCGCCCAUCCGCCAUUGUCCUCGCCCUGGUGGCCGCGGUUUCGGCCCAAGACUUUGCCGACGUAACCUCGACCGAAUCCGGCGACGCAAGCGGCAUACUGGAGACUGCCGCCGGCGACAGCCUCUCCUCCGCCGCGGCCCAUCUCUCCUCCGCCGUGGGUCACGUGAGCUCGGCAGCAGCCUCCGUCGCCUCCGAGUUCACCUCAGACCACAGCCUGAGCAUAAGCUCUUCGUUCCGCGCCGACAUCUCCAGCCACCUGUCGGACCUCAGCUCCAACAUCGCCAGCUUGACGAGCGACGCCGGCAGCCGCGCGAGCUCCAUCAGCUCCGUGCUCGCCACCGCCACGGGGAGCAUCGCGAGCAGCCUCAGCUCGGACCUCAGCGGGCUCACCAGCUCGCUCAGCGCGCGCGUCAGCUCGCUGCGGCACUCGGGGACCGCUACGGGGACUGGAUCUGGGUCUGCCGCCACCGCGACUGCGACAAGCAACCCUGCGCCGGUCAGGACGGCGGCGGUGGGUAUGGGUGCGCUGUUCGGUGGCGCCGCUGUCUUUGCCAACAUGUAGAUUAGAAUGAGGAUGAGGGAUGGCGUUGUUUGUUUUUUUCUUGGUGGAUAUUUACGCCAAGGGGUCAGGCCAGGGCUGGAAAUACCUGGGCGAACCCAAAUACCUACUUGAUCACUCGUUCAAAUAGCUCAUCAUGGCAAGGCGUUAGUCGUUCUUUCGAGAAUUAUAAGAAGAAAGACGUUUGUUGCAUUGUUUGUGUGGUCAGCGGUUCGUAGCAUGAUGGAUGAUGUACCUCUGACGCGUAACAAGACGCGUCCAUAGUUGGUCGUUGUUCUCGUAGUGACACAGACUCGUCAUCCCGCCUAUGCCUGCUGAGUCUCGUGGCCCUAUGCUGAGUGCGACUUGUGUUGACAACCAUAUCGACAUACAAGGACUGGAAGCACACCCGAGAACGAUCGUAUGGUAGAAUCGGUUUUGGUACUUGUAAAUAACGACAAUGUACCAUAGUAUGCAACUAGACCGUCAUGUGUGGCUCUGAAUCCACACUGGCUCCCUCGGCACCAAAAAACUGCAAAAAUGAACCACUUUGAAUGAU